ACCUGUUGUCCACGUGGACAGGAGCGGACAUCUCACGCCCAUCUGCAAGGCCCCCUGCAUCCAAGCUCCGAGACAUGGCAGCCGACGGCAGCAAGGUGGCCGACGGGCAGAUCGCCACAGAGGUCAGCGAGGCCCCCGUGGCCAGCGACAAACCUAAGACCCUGGUGGUGAAGGUGCAGAAGAAGACGGGGGACCUCCCCGACCGGGACACGUGGAAAGGCCGCUUCGACUUCCUCAUGUCCUGCGUGGGCUACGCCAUUGGCCUGGGCAACGUCUGGAGGUUCCCCUAUCUCUGCGGGAAGAACGGUGGAGGGGCCUUCCUGAUCCCCUACUUCCUGACGCUCAUCUUCGCGGGCGUCCCGCUGUUCCUGCUCGAGUGCUCCCUGGGUCAGUACACAUCCAUCGGGGGCCUGGGUGUGUGGAAGCUGGCCCCCAUGUUCAAGGGGGUGGGCCUCGCCGCCGCGGUGCUGUCCUUCUGGCUGAACAUCUACUACAUCGUCAUCAUCUCCUGGGCCAUCUACUACCUGUACAACUCCUUCACCACCACAUUGCCGUGGAAACAGUGCGACAAUCCCUGGAACACAGACCACUGCUUCUCCAACUACAGCAUCGCCAACACCACCAACAUGACCAGUGCCGUGGUGGAGUUCUGGGAGCGAAACAUGCACCAGAUGACUGACGGACUGGAUAAGCCCGGCCAGAUCCGCUGGCCGCUGGCCAUCACCCUGGCCAUCGCCUGGAUCUUGGUGUAUUUCUGCAUCUGGAAAGGAGUUGGCUGGACUGGAAAGGUGGUCUACUUCUCCGCCACGUACCCCUACGUCAUGCUCAUCGUGCUGUUCUUCCGCGGAGUGACGCUGCCCGGGGCCAAGGAGGGCAUCCUCUUCUACAUCACGCCCAACUUCCGCAAGCUGUCGGACUCGGAGGUGUGGCUGGACGCGGCCACCCAGAUCUUCUUCUCCUACGGGCUGGGCCUCGGGUCCCUGAUCGCGCUGGGGAGCUACAACUCCUUCCACAACAAUGUCUACAGGGACUCCAUCAUCGUCUGCUGCAUCAAUUCCUGCACGAGCAUGUUUGCAGGAUUCGUCAUCUUCUCCAUUGUGGGCUUCAUGGCCCAUGUCACCAAGAGAUCCAUUGCAGAUGUGGCGGCUUCAGGCCCUGGGCUGGCCUUCCUAGCAUACCCAGAGGCGGUGACCCAGCUUCCCAUCUCUCCUCUGUGGGCCAUCCUGUUCUUCUCCAUGCUGCUCAUGUUGGGUAUCGACAGCCAGUUCUGCACUGUGGAAGGAUUUAUCACAGCCCUGGUGGAUGAGUACCCCAGACUGCUUCGCAACCGCAGGGAGCUCUUCAUCGCUGCCGUCUGCAUCAUCUCCUACCUAAUUGGCCUCUCCAACAUCACUCAGGGGGGCAUCUAUGUCUUCAAACUUUUCGACUACUACUCUGCCAGUGGCAUGAGCCUGCUGUUCCUUGUGUUCUUUGAGUGUGUUUCCAUUUCCUGGUUUUAUGGUGUCAACCGAUUCUAUGACAAUAUCCAGGAGAUGGUUGGCUCCAGACCCUGCAUCUGGUGGAAACUGUGCUGGUCCUUCUUCACCCCUAUCAUCGUGGCGGGCGUGUUCCUCUUCAGCGCCGUGCAGAUGACGCCUCUCACCAUGGGAAGCUACGUUUUCCCCAAGUGGGGCCAGGGCGUGGGCUGGCUCAUGGCCUUGUCCUCCAUGGUCCUCAUCCCCGGCUACAUGGCCUACAUGUUCCUCACCCUGAAAGGCUCUCUGAAGCAGCGCCUCCAGGUCAUGAUCCAGCCCAGCGAAGACAUUGUGCGCCCCGAGAACGGUCCCGAGCAGCCCCAGGCAGGCAGCUCAGCCAGCAAGGAGGCUUAUAUCUAG